UAACCAAAGAGUGGCAGUAACACGUCACGGAAUUAAUCUUAUCGCUAAGUCAGUAGGAGGGGAUUUCACAUCUGGUCAAAGGAGAAACAAAUAAAGGUCGUCAGAGGUCAAACUGUUGACGAUCAAAAGAUAUUUUACUGUAGAAAAAUAGUAACAAGUUCACAGUUAACAUCGUUAACAUUAUUAAAGGGAACGGCGAAAAGAUGUCUCUCGAUAAGCCAAAAGAAAGAGGUAAAGUGAAAAUACUAGACGGUGGCUUUUCAACUCAGCUGUCGGUUCAUGUUGGCGAUAAGGUUGACGGUGACCCCUUGUGGACAGCAAGAUUCUUAGCUACUAAUCCAGCUGCAGUUCUAGCGACUCAUCUUGAUUUUCUACGAGCCGGUGCCGACAUCAUUCAGACAAAUACUUAUCAGGCUUCGAUCAGUGGUUUCAUGAAGCAUCUAAACCUGACGGCGGAACAAAGCUUAGCCCUAAUCGAAAGCGCGGUAGAUAUUGCCAAAGAAGCAAUCAGAAUUCAUUCAACGGAAACCAAGGAUGAUCGAAAAUUGAUCGUCGGUACUAUUGGGCCCUAUGGUGCUGCUCUACACAAUGGUUCGGAGUACACCGGAGCUUACGAUGCUGACGUUACCGCAGAAGUGAUUAAAAAUUGGCACAAGCCUCGCUUGGAAGCUCUAGUAAAAGGCGGAGUAGAUCUGCUAGCUUUCGAGACCAUACCAAAUAAAAUUGAGGCAGAAGCAUUAGUCGACCUGCUAAGAGACUAUCCGGCAAUGAAAGCCUGGCUGUCGUUCUCUUGUCGUCAGGAUGGAAUUAGUCUGGCUGACGGUAGCAGUUUCAAAGAGGUCGUUGUGGGAUGUUUCGACAAAGCUUUACCUGGACAGAUAAUCGCUGUAGGAGUGAAUUGCAUCGCUCCGCGAUGCGUUACUCCGUUACUUGCCGAAAUCAACAAGGAUAGAAAAGAGGAUAGUCUACCUUUGGUCGUUUAUCCUAACAGCGGAGAGCGGUACGUCGUCAGUGAAGGGUGGCAACCCGGAGAGACUCCGGGUUCACUGGCAGAUUUUGUAGCCGAUUGGCUGAAUCUUGGGGUGCGAUAUAUCGGCGGUUGCUGCCGUACUUAUGCCAAGGACAUAACACUAAUACGGGAUGCUGUGAAACGUUGGGAAUUGGAGACUUUGAAGUAACUAAAAUGGACGAAGAAAUUCAAGAAAAAACGAACUGAGAAAACUGUUUGAAAAAUUUUAACAAAUUUGGGCGAUUGUUUACCUCGAUAAGAGUUACAUUUGAAGAACGUCUACGUCUAGAGCUGUUUUUUUCUUAUUUAUUCAGAUCCAUUAUAAGACUCUACGUAACACAGUUUGUACAAUGGGUCUUUUGCGAUUCGGCGACGAUAUAAUUUUGCGACAUCCCUUCAUGUCGAAUCAAGCUUCCUGAACUAUUUAAUUUAGAUUAUAUUU